AUGAUACCCUCCAUCAUCCUCUUCCCAAUCUUGGGUGUCCUUGCUUCUGCGCAAACAACAACUCUUAAUGUUCUCUUCCCUGUUGAGGGUAUCAAGUCAGUCUACGGUACCGUAGUGGCAGCAAGUCCCCAAGUCACCACAUUCGCCCUUCACUGCGGCGAAAAGGUCGACAAUGUCCAAUGCGAAAUCAUCGGCACCCAGACCGUGGUGGUUGGGCCAGAAACCUUGUCCAUCAACUACUCGUUUGAUGGUAACGACAAGGUUUCUUAUUUUUCUGAGGAUCUGAACUGCAAGAUCAAGACGGCCGAGGCCAGCUGCCACAUCUGGAUCCAGACCGAGAACUCAGCUGGUGAAAAGGUUACCACGUCCUUGUCCAAUUUCGAAAUGAACACCAAAACCCGCCUGAUGCCCGCUAUUAUCACUGAAGGAGCUGAAAAGCUCCAAGCCACAGAGGUCACCGCGACUCCCACGCCAGGUGCCAUGACAUCCACUGCUACAAGUCACUCAAACGAGACGCACGAGGCUUCUGGGACCUCCUCAAUGCCCAAGCCUACUACGUCCACAGCUACAGGUGAUGCCGCUCCGGGCAUGUCACUCCAUGUUGGAGUGGUCGGGCUUGCCGCUGUUGCUCUAGCCUUCCUGAUUAUGUAG